GAAACCUCAAUUGUCCACUUUUCUCUCUCUAAAACCCACCCAAAAAAAAAAAAGCCACAGCUAAAACGGACGAUCCGAAGAGAAACCUCAAUUACCCAUUUUUCUCUCUCUAAAACCCUCUUCUGUCUGUGUCUAUAUACUUGCACUAUUCCUUCUCUCUCUGUACAUAUCUUCUCCUUGCAGACUCAGUAAAAUAUUCUUACAAAUACUAUAAAAUAAACCCAAAAAUUAAAAGGAAAAGGCGUGCUCUGUUUUUUGCCUCUCUUCUUUUUUAAUAAUUCUGGUCUUGAUAUCUUAGCUCACGAUCUUCCAGUUUAAUUGCUCAAAUGGAGACAAUUUAGAAGUACUCGACCCAUCAGACCCGUGUGGAAAAAUAAAAAGAGAAAAAAAAACUGUCAAAUAAAGUGAAAAAAACGUGAUUCUCGCGAAGGCGUUUGAUCAUGGCCGUGGUGGAGAAUGCCGGUGCUAACGCGAUUACGUCAUCGAAUCGCGAUAACGACGCCGCGGAUCACCACCAGCAGUCGACGAACAAAGCCGCGGCGGCGGCAGCGGCUAACGGCCAGUCAACAAAGCCCGCUGAUCAGAGUUUCCUUCUGGUGCCGCAGAAGAUACCUAACGGCCACCAUCAGCUGCCCGUCAACGGAAAUGGGGUCUCUUUGGAGAAGAAGUUGGAUGGGGAGAUAGAUGAUGGAGGGGAAGGGUUUAAGAAGGAGAUGAGGGAUUUGGAGGAAAUGCUGUCCAAGUUGAAUCCGAUGGCGAAGGAAUUCGUGCCGCCCUCCCUCUCAGCCUUCGGUGGUGGUGGCGGUCCGCACAAGUUGCUGGUACCCCCACAUGCUGCUGCGGUUGCGGCGGCUGCGGCGGGCCAUUUUGGGUUCAACGCUACUGGUUUUGUAAUGCAGCAGCAGGUUAACUCGGGAGUUCCCACUGCCAAUUCUUUUAGAAGGAAGAAAAAUGGCUUUGUUAAUGGAAAGCGGAGGAUGAAUAGCCGAACAAGCAUGGCUCAAAGAGAGGACGUGAUUAGGCGGACGGUGUAUGUCUCUGACAUUGAUCACCAGGUUACUGAAGAGCAACUGGCAGCGCUUUUCAUUAACUGUGGACAGGUUGUGGAUUGCCGUGUUUGUGGUGACCCCAAUUCCGUUCUUCGUUUUGCCUUCAUUGAAUUCACUGAUGAGGAAGGGGCAAGGAAUGCUCUGAGCUUGGCUGGAACUAUGCUCGGUUUUUAUCCUGUGAGAGUGCUACCCUCCAAAACUGCAAUUGCCCCUGUUAAUCCAACAUUUUUGCCAAGGUCUGAGGAUGAAAGGGAGAUGUGUGCAAGAACUAUCUACUGCACAAACAUUGAUAAAAAGGUCACUCAAGCAGAUGUCAAACUCUUCUUCGAGUCUAUUUGUGGAGAGGUUUAUCGUUUGAGGUUGCUCGGUGAUUAUCAUCAUUCAACUCGUAUAGCUUUUGUGGAGUUUGUGAUGAAAUAUAUAUAAGCGGACAAGUUAUACAGCGUUUAGCCUGUGCCGAAAGUAAAAGAUGUGCUCCUGUCAGUUCAGCUUACAUGACAUCAAAUCUCCUUUCAAAUUUCUCCUUUGGUUGAAUAAGUCGCACUAAAGGCUAAUAAUAUUUAUUCUUUCAACUUAUUUGCUCUUAAAGUAGCAGAUAAUCAACCUUCUACAUAUUGUAUUGCAUAAUUAGAGGCCUCUUGUUGAUGAACUUUUCGAUAAAUCCCACAUCGCCAAUCCUCUUCAACAUAUUAAAGCAUCAUUCACUAGUUAAUGUCAUUUGAUAUGUAGACGAACUAAUAGGAGUAUGGAAGUUGGACAUGCUAUAGAAGUUACCAUUAUGUUUCUAUUUUUGUUAUAUAUGAGCUUGUAAAAUACCUUGCUUUAUUGUGCCAUGCUCAACCACACAAAUUUGUUUCGACACGUUUGGUUCACAAAAGAUGCAGUGCUGUUGUUGCCCUCUUGUUGUACAUGUUUUUUCACUUUUUCCUUGUUCUUCAGCUUUUUAAUCUAAGAAGCUUCUUCUAGUGUGAGUCAGGAAGCUGAAAAACAAAUGUUAAUAGUCAGUGAAGAAAUACUUUAAUGAUUUCUUCUGUUUGAUAAUUUUACUCAUAACUCAUAUUUGGGAGUCUAUAAUAGUCAACCAUGAUAUCUGUUUGAUGCAAUAUAGAAACAUUCUCUUAAAUAUAUCUGUGAUUUUUACUGGUGAGAUUUUGCUUCAUGUCAAAGGUAAAAAAAUUUCGGGAUGAUUAUCCUGGAUUGUGCUGCAUAUGACGUUAGCCCUGCUCCUAUGUUUUUCCCUAAUUCAUUUAAGGAUAGAAGUAUUGACUGAACAGAGCUUCAGCUGAGAGAGAAGUUGUGAAUGAGAGAAUGGCUGCUUGUUAAUUCGGAAGAUAUGCUAUGUUAUGUUUAGUGUUGUUAUAGGUUAAGUUAGUUCGUUUUCUUUUGUUGUAGUUGACUUUCAGCAUUUAAUAGGCUCUGAUUUCCAAUAA